AUGUGGCUGUACAUUUUGCUUGGUUGCAUUUUGAGCGGACUCUUCGACAUCACAGCAUUCUCCAUAAACACGGAUAAUCAGAUUUAUGAGCCACAAAUAGGACUUAACUAUGAUAGUUGCACAGUAGGAAACGCAACAUACUUUCAUGGAGAAACGUUUAAACUCGAUUGCCGAACACAAUGCGUUUGUCAGAAUGGCCGUCACGCCUGUUCGACGCUAUGUCCACACGAAAAUCUGCCCCCACCCGUCGACACCUCGAUCUGUAUCGCCCCGAAGCUGGUCGAGCUGCCGGACCACUGUUGCCGGGUGUGGCUCUGCGAGCAACCGGCAACCGAUGUGAACGCCACCUGUUACAACUCGUCCACCACGCUGUGGUCACCGUGCUCGCAGAGCUGCGGCAUCGGGACGUCGACCAGGAACAUCACCACAACGCCUGGCUGCCAGCGGCUCAGCACGAUACGGCUGUGCGAGAACCACCGGUGCAGCAGGUCGAACAAUAAUUACUACAUCGCCGGAGACUACGCCACGCAGGAGCAGGGUGCCAAGGGGGAGGGCAGCAGCGGUGGGGAGCUAGCGGCCAGCGAUGCUGCAGUCGAGCGGGCCGCCGGUGGCACAGAUCGCAAACAGCUCCGACCGUACGAUGGCAGCACCGGUUACGUCCCCAACGGUGUCGCUCUGGUCGGGGAAAGUGAACACCGGAGGAGGAAAGGGCACGAGUGCCGAAGCAUCCAGCGGACGGCGUCCUCGCGGUUGCGGCUCGGUCCGUGCGUAUCGCGGAAGCUUUAUCGACCAAAAUCCUGCAGCCUGUGCCAGGAUUCCAACAUGUGUUGUGUGCCUUCAAUAACCACUACUAUUAAGGUUGAAUUACUGUGCCCUUUGAACUCCGGCGAUCCGUUCGACUUCAUCGAACACGGCUACGACCUGUGGGACAGUGCGUCGAUCGAUCCGCUCGACCAGGAGAUGCUGCAGUCGCGCCAGAUACAUAUCGAGAACCAGUUCGUCGACGUGCAGUGGGUGCUCAAGUGUGAAUGCGGCCCUAAGAGCAAAAACUGUCGCCCUCGGAAGACAGUCGGGGGGGUGCAAAAAAUGCCCUCGAGUGGCCACCGGGCCACGAAGGUACAGCCACCAGCUCCGGAGCAGCAACGAUUGGCAUCAUCCCGUGUCGGCGACUCAAUCGUUGCGCCACCAUUAUUAGCUUCCGGAUCGGGACUGGACGGGCCGCCCGGCAAUGGGAGUGGACACCGGCCGGAAGCCGACACCGGGGGUCGAGCGUAUCGAUUGUGGCCGGAAAAACAACCAUCAUCAUCAUCCCAGGAACCGGCCGGUGAACCGAAGGGCACCAACAAUAGCUACGACUACUAUGACGGUAGCGUUGGCCGGGGUAAGGAAGGGAAGGUAAAAAAUCAUAAACAUCAGCAGCAACAAAAGGCGCACGGGCAGCAUCGCCGGCAGCAGCAUCGGGCGAAGGUGCACGGCAGAGACCGCCAGAUGCACUACCGACCGCAGAUGCAUUCGCCGUCGCAAGAACGAGUGCAUCCCGGUUGGGCCGAUGCCAGCCCGGCGGUGGAGGCCGGAAGCAGCGAGGAGCUGCUGAAGCGAGUUCAUCGAACAUAA